UCCCAUACUGCUCCUUUUCUUCUAUUGAGAGAAAAACAUGUUGUCACUAGGAGUAGUUUUGAGCACUUUCGUGGUAGCAUUGGUUACCAUAUUCAUAACUCAUUGGGUUCGCAAAUGGAGGAAUCCCAAAUGCGAAAAUGGUGUUCUUCCACCGGGUUCCAUGGGUCUCCCUCUCAUCGGAGAGACCACUCAGCUCCUUAUUCCCAGCCGAUCAUUAGAACUCCAUCCCUUCAUUUCUAAGAGAGUCCAGAGAUAUGGGCCGGUGUUUCGAACUAAUAUAGCGGGUAAACCGGUAGUACUAACAACCGAUCCAAAAUUCAAUCAUUACAUCCUUACGGAAGAAGGGAAAUCGAUUGAACUAUGGUACUUGGAUACGUUCACAAGCAUGUUGCCGAUAUAUGCAGUGGGCAAUGUUCAAAAGUACAUAAGAAACACUACUUUGAGUCGGUUUGGCGUUGAGGGCAUCAGAGUGAAUUUGCUCUCUCAAAUCGAACAAGUCAUUCAGACAACUCUACGUCAUUGGUCUACUAACCAAAUUGUUGAUGUCAAACAUGACGCUGCAAGUAUGAUUUUUGACUUCACAUUGAAGCAGUUGAUUAGCUAUGAUUGGGAAGAAUCAUCGGAGAAACCGCUAAGUAAGAGAUUUUCUAGCUUAUUACACGGUCUUUUGUGCCUUCCCUUAGACAUUCCCGGUACUACAUUCCACCAAACAGUGAAGGACCGAAAGGAGAUGCUACGCAUAAUGAGGGAUGCCAUAGUGGAGAGAAUGAAUUCCCCCAACAAGAUUCAAACGGACUUUCUUGAUACAGUCAUGGAAAGACUUGAAAACUCAGAAGUUUGUGACUCCCGAUUUCCUAUCCAACUUUAUGGUUGGAAUUUUAUUUGCCAACUAUGAGCCCAUCACUUCAGUUAUACUAUUGAGUUUGAAGUUACUCUCAGAGCAUCCUUCGAUUUUGGAGGAGCUAUAAGCUGAAAAUGAAGCAAUCAUUAGAAAUAGGAAGAAUUCAGAU